AUGAAUUCGACCGAAAGGGUGAAUUAUCAUUGCGUACGAGCCUGUUUGUUUUGGGUUGGAGAACGGAAGCGUUUUUCAUGCUUCCAUGGCUGCGGGCUUUGCGAUUUUCGUGUUUCUCCGAUAUCGCAUCUUAGGGAGUUCGGCAUUCUGUACUGGUUUUUGGGUAAUUCAAGGUGUGUUGGACAGCGGCCAUAUGUGGUCUGGAUCAUACUUGGGUGCGAAACUCGUCCCCCUUCCUGCUUGCACAAGUUUCCAUCCGGUCAUCAAGGGCGAGAGUUUUGGUGCUGCACGUCGUCCCCAUAGGAUUCAUGGAACGAAAUUAGGUCCCCCUUCGUUCUCAUUUGUUGCAGGCGAGAAGUUACCCGCAUGUGGCCAGCACAUUCCCGUCUAUUCUCCCAUAACCUUUACUUUUCACUUGGGCGAGUCCUGCAACUUGAGUCCAAUUGGUUGAGGAUAAGGCACUCUGGCACACCUCUUGUCGAAUAUGAAGACAAAAUUAUCUUGAUUCUUCGGCUAGUCCCGGCAAGGCGAGAGCAUUUUCUUUUAUUUUAGUCCAAUUCUAUGGAUAUCGAGAGAACAUGCAUACUUGUGUGCACUAACAUUCAUUUUCAAAGCAUAAAUUAUCCGUUCAACCAGUCUCAACCUGGAAAAGGGGACAGGUUUCAAUAUGACAGUUAGUUCUUUCCGAGGGUUCCUGGUGCCUUUAUCUUCGUGUAUAACGUUAUUUGAUGCAUAUCAUCCAAUAUGUAUAAUCAAUGAAAUAUUUUUCUCAUAAGAUGGCUUUGUUUUCGUUGGAUUUUGCAAGUGAAAUCUGGAUUGAAUUAAACCGUUUGAAUGUAGGUGAGACAGCUAUUUCUAAUGAAGGAUCAUUCAGCUACUCUGAUGUCUUCUCUCAUCAAUCUUGGUUUAUAUAAAGAGGAUCCAUCCUACGUAAAUAUCAACGAAUGUUCUUGGAGGAAGGUUUACAUUAACAAAUUGAAUUAUAGAAACAUUCUCUGAUGGAUACUAAUAUGCAGAGUAGAGGCAGAGGCGCUGAUCAUAACACAUCCUCAUCUCUAGAUAAAUGUUCAAGUUUUGAGUCAAUUUCCCACAAAAGUCAAUCAUCCCUCAAUGUUAUUUCAGAUCUAUGAUUUAUUUUUUUUCAAAAUUGACGUGGAAUUGAACCACAAGCAGAGUAGACUAAAUUCUAGUAAAUGUAGCAUCCUUGUAACUGAGGGAUAGAAUUAUUACACCUAAACACUUGUAGAGCUCAAAUAUUCAGAUGAAACAAUCCUGAUUAUUUUUUUGACUUGCUUGAAAAUAGGAACUGGGAUAGAAAUUCUGUUGUCACAUCUGCUUCCUCCAAAGUAAUUGACGCUACAUUUUUGGCUAUAUAGUCAUCCCUGUUGACUAGUAUUAAAAUAUUUUGAUGGACUGACAUGGAUUUCUGUUGUUGUAUGCGUGGGGUGAGAAUUAUCGAUUACUUGUUUUUUCAUAAAGUAUCCUAGAAAGAGUCUCAUUUGAAGGUUCUUUGCGAAUCUUUAAAGUCUGCAUCUUCUUGAUCAGUGUACAAUUUUUUAAUGCAUAUUGAAUCCCUUGACUGAUAAUUCAAAGAGGAAUUUGUAGCACAUGAAUCAGACGUCAACUGUUUGAACAUUGGAAAGAAAUCAUGUAGAUUAUUCAUUACUGGUGGAGUGGAUCGCAAGGUGAAUCUGUGGGCGAUCGGCCAACCAACCUCUUUACUGGUUAGUUCAGAUAUCGUUUUCCCUUGUUUCAUGCUCACCCUUGUGUACAUGCUUUAUUAUUUACCCAGGCAUGCGUGAAUAUUUUGUCCGUUUGUAUUACAUUAUGGCUGUGAAACCUUUUAGGGGGAAUGCUUUCAGACUUUCUAGGAGAAGUUUAUUUGUAGCCUUAAGUUAUAUGUACAGAAACUGGCCCUUUACUUUGAAUACUCGAUUUUUCAGUCAGAGGAAGGUUUUCUGCAUGUCUGUGCUCAUAUAUGUCACAAUAUGGGGAUUUCACUAUCCAACACAUUCCAGAAUAAAUUUCGAUGCAUGUGCCUACAAGUCAAGGAGAAAAAAAAAAAACUUUUCAGGUUAAAGAAGGGGCUGUGCCAUCGUUCCGUGUUAUUUUGUCAAUGUUAUAUCUGAGAAGUGGCAAAAGACUGCAGGAUCAUCCUCAUGCGCUCUUUCCAGGACACGAAAGAAAAGGCCUUGACUGUAAUAAGGAAACUGGUGUAAAGUCCACACCACAAUCUAGAAUAUGGACAAUUCAUGUUGACAUUCUAUGGGAACAACCGAAAUUAUUACUUUUUCAUUUGGUAUCCAUCCUGUUUUGUCUGGUCGUACCCUUAAACUUAGUUCUUAUAACUCUUUUGGACCAUUGUUCAGUUUCCUAACACUUGUAUGGAAUCUUUUGCGCUGUACUUGUUAUUUAUGAUAUUUGAUUUUAAUUCAUUUUGCAUUCUAUGGUUUUUUUUCUUCAGAGCCUCUCAGGUCAUACAAGUUCAAUAGAGUCUGUAACAUUUGACUCGGCAGAGGUAUUGGUCCUUGCAGGAGCUUACAGUGGCACCAUAAAGCUGUGGGACCUAGAAGAGGGUAAAAGUGAGUGUCUCUGUGCCAAGUUUACCGAAAUUUCCCAACUGAGGGUAAAAACCGAAUCAUAUUCUUUUGAGUUAGCUAUCCUUGGACCUUGCAGAACUGGAAAUUCAUGAUUAGAGUUGAAACCAUACUCCUCCCAAAAUUGGAUACUCCCAAUCAGUGGCUGACUUUCCGAUGGUGCUAAAAUUUAAAGUUGUCUCCUCAGAUAGCUGGUUGUUAGGUGUUGGGAUCUGAUUGCAAGUUUGAAUUUGAAUAUCAUGCAUUGACAUCUAUUGACUAUCUUUAUGAGAUUUGAAAGGGAUAUGCCGUAAGUGAUGCAUGGUAUCCUUCCUGAAAGACAGAGAAAACUUCUUUCUUUUGUUGUGAACUCUACUGGUGGACAUCAAUUACCAACAAUGUUCAUUUAAAUAAAUUGGAGAUCAGAUCCUGUGAAUUAGCUUCUUCUACUUUUUAGACUGCUAUCAUUUAUGCUCUAAUGCAAGGCCAGUUCUUGAUUAGUUAUAGACGAGUUCUGAUUUAUUUAUUUUUUUCCCUCCUGAAUAUAGUUGUUCGUACUCUUACUGGGCACAGAGCAAGUUGUGCCUCUGUCGAGUUCCAUCCAUUUGGUGAAUUUUUUGCAUCUGGUUCUGUGGAUGCUGAUCUUAAGAUAUGGGAUAUCAGACGAAAGGGAUGCAUACACACAUACAAGGGUCACUCGAGAGCAAUUAAAAACAUUAAGUUCACUCCAGAUGGCCGCUGGGUUGUUUCCGGGGGAGAAGAUAAUGUUGUAAAGGUGAUAAUGAAGCUUAGGUUACGCAAACUUUUUUUCCAACUUAUUCAUUUAAUUGAUGAAAAAUUGAAGUAAUUUACCGUUGAACUUUUUCUCAGUUGUGGGAUCUGACUGCUGGAAAGCUCUUACACGAAUUUAAAGCCCAUACUGGGGCUAUUCAGAGUAUUAAUUUUCAUCCCCAUGAAUUUCUUCUUGCCACAGGUAUUGUUCUUGUUAUUUGACAACGCAUUUUUUUAUGAUUUUUUUUCAUUACCUGUUGUGUCAAUCAAAUAAUAAUCCGACAGUUAAGGUCCAGAAAAAAAAUGAAAACUUGUUCAUUCUUAUUUUUAUUCCUAUAAAGGAAACAGGUUAAACCUCUUUGUUGGGUAAGUCAGAUCAGGCUGAUUUGCCUCCUAUUGACUUGGGGCAAUAACGAUAAUGGUCAGUGAAUGAUGUAAUAAUCAUUGUCUUUGCCCAUGGUUAUUUAUUUUUUUGGGGGGGUGGGUUGGGAGGGGCAUCAUUUUUUAUUGAAGAGAAUCCGGAUCAUAAUUAUCAGCCAGUUUUAAGCUAGUUGUGAGAAAAUAAAUGCCGUUUAAAAUUUUUGCCUUUAGAAGUUUUUCUCCACCAUUGCAAGUCUCCUUGGAUGGCAGUUACGGUGGCAUGGCAAUAAUGGUCAUCAUUCCUAGAUCCAUCUUUGGUUAAACUGUUGUUUGGUGUAUUCUCAUUCUUCAUUCUGUGACAGGUGAACAGUCAUCAGUAGAGUUUGAUUUGCUUAAUGUGUUUAUUUCUGUCAAGCGAUUUUCUUCUUUUAAUUGAACUUGUAAAAUGAAAUAAGAUUUUUCAUAAGUCUCUCCUCUUUUCUCAUUUAAGUGUAUGUUUCUUGCUUUCAUUAUCGUGGUUGAUCAUUUGGCUCUGCACUUGCUAUUCAAGUUGUCACUUUUCAUUUUUCUAACAGUCAAUUAUGAUUAUUUUCAGGCUCAGCUGAUCGAACUGUAAAAUUCUGGGACUUGGAAACAUUCGAACUUAUUGGAUCUGCUGGACCUGAGGUAUGUUUACUCGCUCAGAUUCUUUUGUUCAACAAUGUGAAAUAUUUCCCUGUGAGAUGCAUGUGUUGUUCUCCAUUUUCCCACUCAGAUGCGUUUGAUAACUCAGUAAUGAAAUACAGUUGAAUAUCACUUUAGCCGUUCUAAAAAUGUCUGAGUUCAAGUUUUAAAGAUGUAAUGGUUUCAUUUAGUUCCUCACGAUGGAUGUUUUCAUGUUGCUGCAUUGCUGUCCAAUACAUUCAUCAUCAAACUGGAAUAAAUUCUUCUCUUAGACGAGGGUUAUAACAGUGCAUGCCUCGUUGAAAACGUUUUUCAUAAGACCACUGUACUGAUGUGAGAUGUUCUUUUGUUAACAGUUAGAAUUACUUCGUAGUAGUGUAGUUUGAUUAGGUUGGUCUGGUUCACGAGUCAACUGUGCCCGUCUAUCUGGAAUAUGUUUAUCUCGGUACAAGCUCAACCUGCUCAGAUCUAUCUAAAGCCACACCUGAAUCAACUUUGUUGGGCAGGAAUCUGCUCACUUCAGCUUAUUUUAGAUUGGGUUUUGUGUUAUUUGGUCAAAGCCUAUCUAUCUCCAAGAAAUCCUUAAUUUAAUAUAACUAAAACAAUCUACUAAACCUUAAUUUAAUAUCACCAAUGUAAAAAUAGCUUGACUCAAUUUUGCCACGUUGGUACCAUUGCUUUUGGAAUUUUGUCAGAGUAUUUUUUUUAGAAAUUCACCCAAACUAUCUUAUGUAGAAGGUUUUGUUGGAUUUUCCUUGCUAUCUCUAUUGUGGUCUGAUACUUCAGUGGACCUACCCUCCAUUGUGGCUAUGUUGAAAUUCAGUUUGAAGUAACAGCUCGUUCUGUAUUUGUUCUAUCUUUUGCUAACAAAAGCAUACCCCACCUUGAUUUAUCCAUGACUGAUCAUGGAAGAACUGUGUUAUGAAGUUGUUUGGUCCAUUGAGGAAAGGAAAAUCAAGUGCUUUCACCUGACGUUCUAUAUAAAAUUGUUCAAAAUAUUCACCUUUUUCUGAUGGCUAGUAUUAGCUAUUUUGAGUUCUUAAUGAUAUUAUUUAUGCUUGAUUACCAAGAUGACUGGGGUGCGUUCUACGAUCUUUCACCCUGAUGGAAAGGCCUUAUUUUGCGGUUUGGAUGAGACUUUGAAGGUAGAACGUUUCACCCGUUUUUGUUUUCACCUGGCAUCUGUUGGCGGUUUACAAAUUUCCUUUUUUGGUCACCGUAGGUUUUCUCAUGGGAACCCUUAAGAUGUCAUGAUGCUGUCGACAUGAGGUGGUCCAUUUUGGGUGACCUCAGUAUUUAUGAGGGAAAACUUUUGGGUUGCUCCUAUCAUCAGAGUUCUGUUGGUGUGUGGGUUGCGGAUAUUUCGGUGUGUAUCUUUUUGCACAAUAUUUUGAUCUUUAUAUUUCUCCCUUGUACUCGUGAAAUGACACAUGAUUACUGAUCAGCUUAUUUCGCCAUAUACCAUUGGCGUGGUGCCAAGGGCAAGCGGUGUGACUGAGCCUCUGUACAACUGUGAUGAAAGUCAUGUAUUUCGUCACGAUGGCCAUUUCAAACCUAAAACAACGUUGGAAGAGAAAGUAGAGGAUUUUCAAGAGGAAAUCAAAGAGACAAUAAAAAGUGUUUAUGUGGCAUGUAAGUGAUAUAUUUUUACAUUUACAUUCUGAUCAUUUACAUGAACUCACACAAAGUAGUAUUUGUAUUAUAUAUCCAUGGCAUGCUUACAUUACAUCUCAAGCUUGAUAUCAUCUUGAUUGUUUGAAGAUUUGUACUUGUUUAGGUAACCAAUUUCUACAAAUUGAUUUUUUUUCAUCUUUGAUGUUUUAUGUCAAAAGCAAGUGACAAUGAUGAAAGUGCUUCACUAAGCACAGGAUCCGUUGAAACUUCGAGUAUAAACCUGAGGAAUUCAACAGCAUCAUCGGGUAAAAAAUAUGUUAGAAGUGCUGGUUGCGACAGUUCGUCACUAAAAUUUGAUGCCAAAGCUGUUUCAAAAGUGUCUCCCCCAAAGUCAAGUUUAAUAAGUGAGAUCAAAGCUGGAGAAAGCUUUUCAGGAACUCCAAAGAGGACAAGUUCAGGUUCUAAGUUAAGGGGAGGUACUCAACGCUCAAUUGGACCUGGUGUAACGAAUUCGUCAAAUACAAAGGUCUCUCUGGAUUCACAUCGGGGAACUAAGGCCCCAAUGAUGAAUACUCGUGUAACUAUGCCCGUUGUGAUCCCCAGGGAAAGUCCAAACCUACCUAAUACAGCUAUUGCUAGAAAAGACGUUAGUAACGAGGUUGAUGUUUUAGGCAAUAUGUCAUCCAAGAGUAAUCUCAUGCGGAGAUCCUCAUAUGACAAUAUUGGCACUUUGAUCCAGAAAAAAGGAAAUGGAUCUGGAUUAAUGACUGCUGCCACUAAUGGUUCAGUUGCGAUAGCAGAUUCAAAUUUCCAUUCUGUACGUGCGGAAAAUGAGGGAGUUGCAGAUGUUGACGAGAAGGAAUGCUUUGGCACCCGAAUUGCUGCAGAGAAAUUCGGAAGGAUCUUGUCCCCGGAGGAAAGUUUCCAUUCACUCGAUGAUGAAGGUUAGUCCCUUGUUUUCUUCAUGUUUUUCGAAUUUUUAAUAUUUAAGGUGGGGACUUUUUGUAUUUUCGUCACAGGACAUAGUAUGCUGAUGGUGCUUUUAAUUAUUCUGAUUAUAGUUGAGAAGUUUGUUAAAUGAUUAACUGGGAAAUUUUCAUGUGCCCAGGAAAAGUUGUGUUGGAAAGACCCACCAUUCAAAAACUAUGCAUUAAGGGCCUUACCUUUUAGUUUCAACAUGCAUUUGACGUUCUUUCUGCAAGCCAGCAGCCCAACGACUCUACACCUUUUUAGCACAUAGGAAAUCUAGGGUAGAGUUGUUCACACGCACAUGAUUCGUUAGGGUUUUCUUGCAAAAGCUGUGAUGGUUUUUUUUUUUUCCAUUUAUGAGAGUCUAUUUUUGUAUUGAAUGUGGAAUGCUGCAGGAUGAAGCCCAAAUAGGAUUUCCUCAUUGUACUUCUACUGUUAUAUAUUUUAGCAAAGUCGUCUCGUAAUUAAAAUUAAUUUGUAACAUUGAAGCGUCUGAGUUGUACAUAGAUACACGUGGGUACUUGCCCGUAUAUGGUCUUCACUGAUUAAUAAAGUAGCUACGUUGGUGGGCUGUUGGCUGUAUUGCCUGUUCAGUCGCACCGGUGUAGCAUCUAUCUACAUGGAAAACUACAUGUCAUCAUUUGUGUGAGGAAGCCCCCAUUAUACUUGUUCUGUUAACGUGCAUGAUUGAGAGUCGUGGAUAGGGGUGGUGUGUGGGGUGUUUACUCGUAUGAGCAGUUUGGCUAGUAUCUCUGCUGAUGUACGAAAAUCAGUUAGGCAUAUUUGUGUUCCUAAUAUGGAGCCAUUGUCUGUUUUGGCUAAGCCUUGUGGGGUACUACAAUCAACUAAUUGGGAGACCUCAUAUAUACAUAUAUAUAUGUAUGUAUGUAUGUAUAGGACGAUAACAUACCUCAAUUUAGAACGAAGGUUUGUCUAAAUCUUGGCGAGUUUAGGGACUACACAUGAGAUUGAACGAUAUUUAAAGGAUUUCUUUUCGUGGAGUUGUUACUUUGUACAUGUUUCAUUCUGUAAGGUCUUCUGCCUCAUAUGUGCUAUGGACUUGCAAUUCCCCUCUGGCAAUGUACACAGUUUUUCAUGUCCCACCGAUUCAAGGGGGCUUUUGAUUUGAAAAGAUUUUUAUUGCAUUGCACUGUCUUAUAAACUCAGAUGCAAAUCUGAAAUUAGGGUUCUCUUUAUACUUAUUGUGCAUUAAAUCAUCUUUUGCCUGCGGGAAUAUAAUGCUUUCUGUCGGCCUUCUCUCAAUUUUUGUGGAAUUUUGGUAAAUGUACAAAUAACUUCAUGUUAAUUAUUUUUUAUAGGUAGUGAGUCUGUCUGUUCCUCUACUGAAAAAGCCCCAGCCAAAAAUAUCGGAGGAGGUGGGUAUCCAUAUAUUUCCCUUUUCCACUACUGGAAUAGGCUGUCUAUCUUUUCGUUUCUCAAGUUUCGUGGAGCUUUUGGUAUAAACGCCAAUAAUUUCAUGUGAAUUGUUUUUUAUAGGCAGUGAGUCUCUCUGUUCCUCUACUGAAAAAGCCCCAGUCAAAAAUGCCGGGGGAGGUGGGUCUCCAGAUACUUCCCCUUUCACUUUUUUAUACGUUCUUGGGAAAGUGGUUGAUAAUAAUAAAUUUUGGAGAAAAAAUUGGCUGAUGUUGUAUUUCAUUCUCCAGUUGCAGUUCGACAUGGAAGGACACGGUCUCUAGUGGAGAGUUGGGAGAAAUUUAGAGAAAGCUCUACCUCUGUUAAUAAGUUUUCCUCAACCCUGCCAUCUGAAAGUAAUGGCAUGGCAUCUAGCAUGGUAUGCAGCUUCUGUCACCGCAUUUAUUUUCUAUGAAUUGAUUGAAAAGGAUGCAAACGGAGUAUGUUAACCGCGUUUUGACUUCUCCAAGCCAGCUGAUUAAAUUGGUUGGGCCUUUAUUCUCUUGUCACUCUACUGUUUUCACAGAGCAGUCAUAGGUGUCCUUUGGUGUUUGGCUCUUUCUGCAACACUGUAUCAGUGAGUGGCGAAAGAUUGCGUUAAUACUCAUCAUCCACAUCUUGUGGGUUUGCCAUAUGUCGGGACAUGCAGUUGUGUUAAUGGGGUACUUAAAAAAAAUUAUAAUUUUUUUUAUUUUCUCUUGUGGCCCAUUUUAUUGAGAAGCCCAUUAAUCAGAACAUCUGUCAAAGUCUUUGUGGAGAGAUCAUAUGAUUUCUGCCAGCUGUUUUGGCAGGGGAAUAUAGUUUCUGUUGUGUGAAGUUUUAAGUAAUGAUUACGUUCGUGCCCUCGAUCUUAAUUUGGGGAUGGUUUCAUUUAGAAUGUUAGAACUGCAUCCUGUUUUCUGGGGUCCGAAGUAGGACAUGAAUGACCAAGUGAGAAAGGCUAGCUAUUAAAUUUCAGCCUGCUGUCUGCCCAAUACUGACGUCCCAAAUCUUGUAUCGAAGGCAACGAAUUGACUCGACUGUCUGCCCUAUUCAAACUGGUUGUCUAAUUCGAAAACUGGCAGAAGGAUUACGUGUUUUGUUAACCGUGUUUACCGGUCAAUCAAAUGCAUUGCCUUAUUAGCCUGGGGCCUGGAAAUAUGUGCUUUUGGACAGUUUCCAAAGGAUUUAACCGCAACGAGAUGCCAUCAAUGUAGCAUCAUCAUCAUCAUCAUAUUUUCCAAUCCUCCUACCUGACUGAAUUUCGGAGGAAGUAGUAGAGCUGGGUCCUAGUUGAUAGCAUACCAAUGCUUGCCCAAGAGAAGGCAGAGGUUGUCUGGUUAGGAUGCCUUGAACUCCGGACAUUGGAGACUCUUGCUCUUCAGAUCUCUUUGGUCUCCUGUCAUACAGCUAGCUGGGUUGGCAUUACUGCCUGCCUAAUAAGAGGCCUUGGGAUCUUUUCCAAACGAUGCUGACUGCAUUCAUAGGAGACAGAAUCGACCCAAUGUUUGGAUUCUCAUUGAAAUCCGGGGAUACAAACUGGUUUGCUCUCCCACAAGAACAAGAAGAGGAAAGAAAAAAGUGACUGAUAUCAGUGUAGAGAGGAGGGCCCUCUUUGGAUGAUGGUGGCAUUGUGUCAUGAUAUGAUCCAAGGCAGUCGCAAAUCUCUGAUUAUUACUUCUAUUUCCUAUUCAUCUGAAAGUUGGCUGCAUCUUAAAAAAUGCUUCGUAAAGGUUGGCUGCAUAUUUCAAUUUUUUUUGGAUACUAUUCCUAUUGCUCCCGUUCUACUUAUCUCGAUUCUGGCACGCAUUUGCCACAAUUUUGGUGUAUUGGUAUUUUGGCAUAAAAUAGGUUGGCUUUAAGUUUAAUGUAAAUGAUACUAACCAUAUUCUGAACAUCUAUCUCUUGGGGUUCCAUAAUUUUUCACGAUCCAGAGCAACACCGCUCAGAUGACAGAAAGGGACUUGAGAUCCGAUGAUGACGGCUGCUCUAAUACUCUUCUUCAGACCCACGAUGCCUUGAUAAACAUUUUGAAGUCUCGGCUAACAAAGUUACAGGUGAGUCGAUCUACUCCUGGUUUGUUCUAGGCAUAUUUAUGCAUUUUUUUUGUGUUGGCAGUGUCCCCAUCUCCGGGCCUUCUCUCUCUGACUUCGCCUAGAACAUGCGCUUGCAAGCAGAAAGCAAACACCAAAAAAAAAAAAAGUAAAAUUAGGAAUUGCAGGUCACCUCAUACUUUCAGUUCUUAUUCUUUAUGACAUUGCUCCCUGUCGUAAAUCUGAUGAGAUUGCUUUAGAUUAGAAGUGGAGUACUUGUUGCCGGAGUGAUUUUCUAUCUUUGAUACCACAGUGACCGUAGUCCAGAUUUCUUGGGUAAACUGCAUCUGGCACGAGAAAAAGCCCUCCAGGAAACAUUUAAUGCCGAAACUUUCUCUCAUGGAGAUUGGGACUUGUCCUCGUCGUAAGAGCAGAUGGCUGUGAUUGAUGUAUGAAUCAAAAAAGAAAAAAGAAGAAAAAUCACACCAUUCCCUUACAGGCUUCUCUCUCUCUCUCUCUCUCUCGAUUUAUUCAUGAUUUAUUUAUCGAGGUCUAGGCACCCCUAUUUAUCAUACUUGGAUGGCCUUUCUGAGCCUGUUUCGUAAUAUUAUGCAAAGAUUAUGGAACAGUUCCUGAUCCGAUCAUUGCAGAUGGUGCGGCACUUGUGGACAGAGAGCGGCGUGAAGGGUGCAAUUGCAGCCAUUGUGAAGCUACCCGACCAUUCUGUGCGUGUUCAUCUCGGAGUGCCCGCAGUCGAUUUGCUUUUCAGCUUUGCAGCCACCAUCCAUUGGCUGUCCUUUCUCGCUUAGAAUAGGAAGAGAGAGAAAGGGGGAGAGAGAGAGAGAGAGGAAAGGCUUUUCAGUAAUUUUUGAAGUCUGUUGCUCAUGGUGUUGUGCAGGUUCAAGUAGAUGUGAUCAGCACUCUUACGGAGAAGAUCGAGCUCUUCACCCUGGAUCUUUUCUCUCUACUGUUGCCGCUUCUCGCUGGUUUACUCAGCAGCAAGACUGAAAGGUAAUGGCUCUCCGAACCCAGAUUAAGCCGUGCGUUGAGUCUCUCUCUCUCUCUCUCUCUCUCUCUCUCUCUCACUCACUCACUCACUCACUCUCUCAUCUGACUCCCAUAGCUUAGACGGCAUCAUUUGUCAGAGAGUCUCCCGCAUCUCAUUCCACUAAAGGAAACUGUUCUUUUCUCCCUUGGAUCGAACAUCUUCAAGUGGCAUGGAUGGAUAUUUACGUCACUUGCGGUUGACUUUCAUGGAUUCUGUCUGGUUCGCAGGCACAUCGAGAUCGCUCUGGAAAUGCUGUUGAAACUCGUGAGAGUCUUCGGGACGGUAGUGCGGUCGACGGGGUCCUCAUCCCUACCCGUGGGGGUUGACCUGCAGGCAGAGCAGAGGUACCUCCGAAAUUUCUCAGACCUUCACCGUAGAUCGAAGUUACCCAAACGCUGACCCCGCUAAAAUUUUCGAUUUCUGGGCGCUGGCCGCAGGCGGGAUCGUUGCCGGCUGUGCUUGACCCAGUUGGAAACCGUCAAGCAAGAUCUCCCUUCUCUGAUCAAGUGAGUUCCCUCCCACCCCCCGUUGACUUGUUUGAAAACGUGUCCGAGAUGGCUUCCACUUGGUCCUCCCUGUGAUUGAUUGAUUAUGGUGUUUCGGCGCAGGAAGGGUGGGUCAAUCGCGAGGCGUUCGGUGGAGCUGAAUCUCGCCCUCCAGGACUGA